AUGGCUCCCUCGGAAUCGACCCCGUUGCUCACUGCCGUCACUAUCGCUCCCCGGCGAUACCGGUACCCUCACCACGCGCUUCGCCGAUCCUGUAAUUUCAUCCUGGGCUUCAUCCUUGCCCUCUCUGUGCUCCUGUUCCUCGUCCCUUCUGCCAUCCUUCCCCGCGAGCACGGGUCUAUCUGGUCUUAUCUUCCCUGGGCGAAUCCCUACCCUCACGCCUCCUGGCCUCACGGUCACGGUCUGGGCUUCGAAGAGCUGCAGGCUCUGCUCCAAGAGACCCCUUCCGCCGAGAAGGCCCGGGAGUGGAGCAACUACUACACUGCCGGCCCUCAUCUGGCCGGCAAGAACCUGAGUCAGGCGGUAUGGACGCAGGAGCGGUGGCAGGAGUUCGGCAUCGCGGACACCAGCAUUGUCGCCUAUGACAUCUUCCUUAAUUACCCCGUAGACCACCGCCUGGCCCUUCUGAAGAAGAAGGGCGAUGCCACCGAGGUGACCUUCGAGGCCACCUUGGAAGAGGACGUUCUGGAGGAGGACCACACCAGCAGUCUGCCCGAUCGCGUGCCGACUUUCCACGGAUAUUCGGCCAGCGGCAACGUCACAGCCCCCUUUGUAUUUGCCAACUUCGGCACCGUGCAUGACUUCCAAGAUCUGAUUGACGCGAACGUGAGUCUCGCGGGUAAGAUCGCCAUCUGCAAGUAUGGCCGCAUCUUCCGCGGUCUGAAGGUCAAGCGGGCACAGGAGCUCGGCAUGGUUGGGGUCAUUCUGUACGAUGACCCCGAGUCUGACGGGGAGAUCACCGAGGAGAACGGCUACGAGGCGUAUCCGAAUGGGCCCGCGCGGAACCCGAGCGCUGUGCAGCGUGGUAGUACGCAGUUUCUAAGCAUAGCACCUGGUGACCCGACUACCCCUGGGUAUCCCUCGAAGCCAGGCUGUGAGCGGCAGGACCCAUUUAAUUCGAUCCCGUCCAUUCCCUCCCUGCCAAUCUCGUAUCAGGAAGUCAUUCCGCUUCUGAAAGCUUUGAAUGGACAUGGCCCCAAAGCAUCGGACUUCAACAAGUGGUGGCAGGGCGGUAAGCUCGGCUCCAAGGGUGUCGAGUAUAAUAUCGGGCCUACCCCGGAUGAUGUCGUCAUCAACUUGUACAAUGAGCAGGAGUAUGUGACCACACCCCUCUGGAAUGUCAUUGGCGUUGUCAAAGGCCACAUCCAAGAUGAGGUGGUGAUUCUGGGUAAUCACCGCGAUGCGUGGAUUGCCGGCGGCGCGGGCGACCCGAACAGUGGGUCGGCCGCGAUGAACGAGGUCAUCCGCAGCUUUGGGGAGGCCCUCAAGGCCGGCUGGAAGCCGCUCCGAACCGUUGUCUUUGCAAGCUGGGAUGGUGAGGAGUACGGGUUGCUAGGCUCCACAGAAUGGGUGGAAGACCAGCUCCCGUGGCUCACCAAGGCCAAUAUCGCCUAUUUGAACGUGGACGUGGCUGCGGCCGGCACCCGACUGGAGCCCCGCGCAAGCCCGCUGCUGAACAAGCUUAUCCACGAGGUGACCGGCUUGGUACAGUCUCCCAAUCAGACUGUGCCGGGCCAAACUGUGCGCGACGUCUGGGAUGGACACAUCUCGACGAUGGGCAGUGGCAGCGAUUUCACCGCCUUCCAGGAUUUUGCUGGCGUCGCCAGUUACGAUCUUGGAUUCGGACGUGGGCCCAAGGAUCCCGUGUACCAUUACCAUUCGAACUAUGAUAGCUUUGACUGGAUGGACCGGUUCGGCGACCCGGGCUGGAAGUACCACGAGGCGUGCACCAAGAUCUGGGCGCUGGCUGCAGCCCAGCUGAUUGAAACUCCGAUUAUCGCCUUCAAUGCGACUGACUACGCGCUGGGACUUGAAGGCUACCUAAGCCAGAUCAAGCCGGCGGCAAAGCAGCUCCCGGAGGGCACUUGGUUCGACUUUGCGCCUCUGGACCAGGCGAUUGCCCAGUUUCAGGCGGCAGCGGCGCGGUUCGACGCCCAUGCAGCGGACCUGGACUCGCAGCUGGGCGAAGAUGUGCCAUGGUAUCACUGGUGGAAGAAGGUUCGACUCCUCUUCCAGAUCCGGGUGGUGAACGACAAGUACAAGAACAUCGAGAAGCAGUUCCUGUACCAGCCGGGACUGGAUGGUCGCAAUUGGUACAAGCACGUCGUGUUCGCCCCCGGCAUCUGGACUGGUUACUCCGGGGCGACUUACCCGGGCUUGGUGGAGAGUCUGGAAGCGGGCGAUCUGACGAAUUCCCAGAAAUGGCGCUCUAUCAUCCUGGAGCGCAUCGAAGCGGCCACUCGGCUGCUGCAGUAG